GAAGGCAGGGAGGAGCCUGCGGCUGAGAGGAGCGCUUCUGACCCGGCUCCUGGCCGGCGCGUUCCUCCUUGGAAUGGAAACCUAAAUCUGCCUCUCCAAAUCAAGGAUGGCUUUUCCUACGGGACCACACCCUCAAAUUCCUAAUUCCCUCCUCCGGCGUCCAGCCGGGGUCACCCUUAAUCCGCCAUCCCUGCCUUGGGCAGCUGUAGUUCUUUGGUCGUCCUGGCAAAGCGGGGUGCAUACAGUUCUUAAGCCAUGACUCCCUGGCAAUUCGGGAUCUCUGGCACACUUGGAAACUCCAGGAUAAGAUAGUGGGGAGACUUCAGUUUGAUUUCACAGCGCACAAACUCCAAGCCAGAGCAGGCUUGAUGGCAGCAAAUUCAAGGGAGGUGGCGGCCCUAGUUCCCCAAACCCUGGAUCCCGAGAAGGAAGGAGUCCAUCAGGCCAUGGAUCUGGCACCUGGACAAGAGAUUUUGAUUCAGACAGAAUGGGAGUCAAAGAGAUUUCAGCUUCAGCCUGUGACAGAUGAGUCUGAAUGUGUGACCCUAGAGCCCCACCUGCUUCUACAGAAUGGUGGUGAGACCAGGACCACAUAUGAAGAGACAACUUUGAAGCAGGAAAUUUUAGAUAAUAAUUAUCAAUUAUUACACACAGAAGAACAAUCACCCUUAUUUAAUGAAUAUGGGAAUUCUUUCAGUCAGAACUCAGCCAUAGUUGGACUUAAAGUAUUCCAAACUAAAGAAGAAGCUUAUGAUUGUCAGAAGUGUGGAGAAAGCUUUAUUUCUAUGACACAUCUUACUCAACACCAGAACCUUCACACUGGACCAGGUCGCUAUGAAUGUUAUGAAUGUGGGAAAAGGUUUAACCGGAGUUAUGAUCUGAUUCGACAUCAAGUUAUUCAUACUGGAGAGAGACCAUUUUCCUGUAAUGAAUGUGGGAAAACCUUUAAGCGAAAAUCAACACUUAUUGAACACCAGAAUAUUCAUACUGGAGAGAAACCUUAUAGAUGUAACAAAUGUGGAAGAGCCUUCCGACAGAACACUGGCCUAAUUGAACAUCAGAAGAUUCACACCAUUGAGAAACCCUACAAAUGUAAUGAAUGUGAAAAGGCUUUCAGUAAUAGUUCAAGCCUUCUUCAGCAUCAGAUUGCACAUACUGGAGAAAAGCCCUACAAAUGUGAUGAAUGUGGAAAAGCUUUCAUAAAUAGCUCAAGUCUCCUUCGACAUCAUAACAUUCACAAAGGAGGAAAACUCUAUAAAUGUGAGGAAUGUGGGAAAACUUUGAGUAACAGUUUGAGCUUUUUUCAGCAUUUGAAAAUUCAUACUGGAGAGAAACCAUAUAAAUGUAAUGAUUGUGGGAAAGGUUUUAUAUGUAAUUCAUACCUUGUUGAACAUAAAAGAAUUCAUACUGGAGAGAGACCAUAUGUGUGUAAAGAAUGUGGGAAAGCUUUCAGGAGGUCCUGGAACCUUACUGAGCAUCAGAGAAGUCAUAACUCAGAGAAAUCCUAUAGGUGUAAUGAGUGUGGAAAAGCUUUCAAGAAUAGCUCUAGUCUUUUUCAUCAUCAAAGAAUCCAUAGUGGAGGGAAACCUUUUGACUGUAAUGAAUGUGGUAUGACUUUCAGGCGCAAAUCACGCCUUAUUGACCAUCAAAGAAUUCAUACUGGAGAAAAACCAUAUGAAUGUGACAAAUGUAUGAAGAGUUUUAGUCACCGUUCACAACUUCUUGAACACAUGAGAACUCACACUGGGGAAAAGCACUAUGAAUGUAAUCAGUGUGGAAAAUCCUUUACUAGAAAUUCAGGCCUUUUACGUCACCAGAAAAUACACACUGGAGAAAAACCAUAUGAAUGUAAUCAGUGUGGGAAAGCAUUUAGCAAUAGCUCAUGCCUCAUUGAGCAUGAGAGAAUACAUACUACAGAGAAACCUUACAAAUGUAAUGAAUGUGGGAAAGCUUUCUGUAAGAAAUCAUACCUCACUGGACAUCAGGUAAUUCACUCUAAAGAGAAACCCUACAAAUGUAAUGAAUGUGGGAAAUCGUACAGUCGACGUUUCCGUCUUGUUGAACAUCAGAGAAUUCAUACUGGAGAGAAACCCUAUGAAUGUAGUGAAUGUGGGAAAGCUUUUAGUCGAAGUGCACUUUUUAUUAAACAUCAGAUAAUUCAUACCAAAGAGAAACCCUAUAUAUGUGAUCAAUGUGGCAAAGCAUUUAGUCUGAGAAAACAUCUUGUUCAACAUCAGAGAAUCCAUACUGAAGAGAAACCUUUCAAAUGCAAUGAAUGUGGGAAGGCCUUCAGGCACAAGUCAACAUUUCAUGACCAUCAGAAAACACACACUGGAGAUAAACCCUGUAAAUGUAAUGAAUGUGGGAAAUCUUUCAAUCGGAUCUUUCACCUUAUUGAACAUCAACGAACUCAUACUAAAGAAAAACCUUAUGAGUGUAAUGAAUGUGGGAAAUCUUUUAGUCGAAGCUCAGUCUUUAUUAAGCACCAGAAAAUUCAUACUAAAGAGAAACUAGAUUAACGUAAUUAAUAUGGGAAAGCUUUUAGUUUAAUACCAUACUUUGUUGAAUAUUGAAGAAUUUCUACCUGGAAAAAAAAAUGAAUGUGGAGAAAGCCUUCAAUAGGAGCUCACGUGAUUUACGUGAUACGAAACAGUUAUUUUAAGAAAUGGAAAUUUCAGUCCUGUCUCAAGCAAUAUUUCAUAUUAAAAAAGGUAUUGAUUGGAUAGUGUCACUCAUCUCCAUAGACUCAAAGAUAGGGAACUGUAUCCUUAAAGGUCAGUCCCUCGUUGCUUCUUGUCUAAACUAUUGUGGUGGCUUUUAAUUGGGCUUCCUGCUUCUAGUCUCUCUUCUCUUUCAAAUCUGACCUCAACAUUUCUGCCAGAUUGAUAUUCCUAAAAUACAUAUCUGACUAUUUCAUUCUUCUAUUCAAAAAUCUUCCCUAUUGCCUGUAGAAUAAAAUAGAAAAUUAUUUGCUCAGCAUUUAAAGUCCAACAUAAUCUGACUAGUCUUUCUAGUCUUAUUUCAAAUUACUCCCCUCACGUACUCUCUGUUACUGUCAAGCCAGCUACUGGCUGCUUCUUAUGCAUGACAUUUUGUCUCUUUCCUUGCCUUUUUGCAGGUCCCCUAAAUCCCUACCAUGAUUCCUCUUCAUCUCUUGCCUCUUAGAUUUUCUAGUUUCCUUCAAGGCUCAAUUUAGGUUCUUUAGAAGACAAGGCCUUUUCUAUUCUCCCCCAGUUAGUGUUCUCUCCCUCUUGAAAUUGGUUGGUAUUUACUUUGUUUAUAAAUUGUAUUUACUGUCUUUGUAUGUGUCAUCACUCCCAGAACAAUGUAAGUUCCUUGAGGGCUGAAACUGUUUUAUUUUUCUGUUUGUUUCCCUAGUGCCUGGCAUAUUUUGCACAUACUAGGCACUUGAUGAAUAUUUGUUGAAUUGAAUUGAAUUGGGCCAACUGUAAGCUUUGUCAGUGAAGGAAAAAGUAUACUCAAAUUAGAAGUAAGCUGUAGAGUAGGCUAUCCUUCCUGGAAAGCAUUUUACUCCAUUGUUUUUUUUAUGCCAAGUAGUCUGAAGUUAUUUAAUAGAAGUUAUUAUAUUAAUGUAGGAUAGUGGAAGUAAUGGUACUUGGAGUAGUAUAUAGCUUAAUAAAAAAACUGUCAUACAAGAGAUACUGCCUCAGUAUCUUUGAAGAGAACAGUUGUCAAAAAAGCAGAUAGAAUUCAAGGAGAGGAAAUAGAGAUUGAAUAUCAAGCCAGGUUUGGUUUUUUGGGUUUUUUUUGAUGCUGAAUGAUGUAGGAAUUUUCCACCAUUUGUUAGUUAUUCUCCUCCCCUUGUCAGGAGGGUUUCUUCACUGUACAAAGGAAAUAACUCCAAAGAAAAGUAGGACUGACAUAAGAUCUCAAAUUGUAAUGUCACCAGUGACUCUUUCCUAGGUCUGUGGAGCAAGAACACAAACCUAUGGAUGGGUACCCCCUUUUCAAGAAGAAUCAGCAAAUGCUUCUGGGACUGUUGAGAGUAAGGAGAGUCCAAUACUUUUCACACAGUUCUGAAUGUUCACAGUGGAAAGAGAUGAGGAUGAAGGGAAAUCAUAAGUAUUGGCUUCCAUCCCGGUUUUUGUUAAUAAUUUUUCUCUAUGACCUCUAAGCCAGAAACAUAAAUACUAACCAAAGAGCAGGCAAGAAGAUCCCUAUUUAGAAGUGAUAUAAGUGGCACCCUGGGAUUCAGUAGCUCCAACUUCCUGCCCACUUUUUCAUAGAAUCUUAGAGCUCUAAAAGGAAUCUAAUGUGGCCCCUUCAUUUUACAGAUGAGAAAACUGGGAUCCACAGAGGGGAAGUGACUCACCUUUGGAGGCUGUUAGAGUACCAGGUCAUAUGUAGGGUGAAAGUUACACAAACAUCUAGCCUUUGCCGACCGUCUUUGGUUUAUUUUUGAACGGGGAACUGGGAUUCAAAAGACUACAGAUAUGAACAGUAGGUCAAAAUAAAUCUAAUAGGGUGAAGUAUAGUAGGGGCAAAUGUAAAAUCUUUCACUUGGGUUGAAAAAUUCAACCACCAAGGAAUAGAUUAUGCAUUCUUAGAAAAGUGCAUGUAAAAAAAGACCCUCAACAUGGAGAGUACUAUCUGUGCACCUUUUGAUGGACUGCAAAAUCAAUAUGAAUGAACAAUAUAACAGACAAAAAAGCUAAUGUAAUCUUAAUAAGUGUAUGGCAUUCACAUAAUAAAAGUAUGGCAUCUAGAAUGA